CGCAGGCAUAAAACAAAAACGAAGAGAAAGAAAAAGGAGGAAGACCGGAAGAAAUGGCGAUGGCAGGUGGAUGGAGUGGGAGAUUAGUUUUAUCAUCAGCCUAUGAUAACAAUAAUAAUCAACGUAAACUAUUUAUUCCCACAAAGCCCAUAAAUUUAUCUUCGACCUCUCUCGAUCUUCCUCCUCGAGCUACUGCUGCUGCUGCUUUUCUGCUCCCCGCAAAAAGACUGAGAAGCUCCGAGUCUGGGCAGCUGCUGCCGCGGCGGAUUACUGUUAUGGCGGAGGGUAAGGGGACGGCCACUACGAUAACUGAGAAAUCAGGAAUCAAAAUCGUCAGAAACCCUCCAGAAUCCAAACUCACCGACCUCGGCGUCCGCUCUUGGCCCAAGUGGGGUUGCCCUCCAAGCAAGUUUCCAUGGACAUAUUCGGCCAAGGAGACAUGCUACCUUCUGGAGGGAAAGGUGAAGGUUUACCCUCAAGGAUCGGAUGAAGGCGUUGAGAUCGCUGCUGGUGACUUGGUUGAGUUCCCUAAUGGAAUGAGCUGCACUUGGGAUGUUUCUGUAGCCGUAGACAAGCACUACAAGUUUGACUGAACUCUUUUUCUUUCCUACUUAGUUUGUGCCUAACAACAGCCCAUGGCCAAAUGAUUGGCAAUGUUUGUCUGCCAAAGUAUACAUUGUAUCCAGAUUGCUGUUGGGUUGCCUUGCUUAUUUCUUUUCCGGCUUAUCGCUCCGCUCCAGUAAGGAGGUUGAUAAUAAUA